GGUGAGAAAACAGGAAGCGUUCCCAACAUUCUUUGACUACAAUAGAAAACUACUAAACGGAGUGGGCUCAUUUAAUUCCUGACCACCUUUGGGCGACGAUUUUGCCAUUUGUUGUACAAAAAAAUAUCUGUGAAUAAUGUUUUUUCAUUUCAUUCUACUGGUUGUUUCUUUGAUUGGUUUCCUGCGCAGCUUUCAUGUGUCCAGCUGUGAUGAACACUGUGCAGACCGACCUGUGUUCACUCCAGCCAGACUGGUAGUGAAGCAUGGUGACCCAACCUCUGCCGACUGCUCUCCAUGUCAGCAUGCUUGCGUCGACCACCAUUUUAAUGUGGAGAGCCCUGUUGGACACUCAACAAUAAGUGGAACCAAAAUUUCAUGGACGGCUAACAUGACUGCAUGGCAACCAUCGAUACUUUGCUAUUAUACUCUCCCUUCUCAGGGCCAGUGUUGUAGCAAACUGAAUGUAACCGUGUACCACCCUCCACAUAAUGUGUCCUUCAGCUUUGAUAGUCACACUGGGCCGAUGUUUGAGGGACAUCAGUACACCCUGCAGUGUACAGUAGAGGACGUUGCUCCUGUUGAAAACCUCAUUGUGACGUUCUACAGAGGACAGACAGCGCUGGGCAAACCUCAGUCCAUCAACAACACAGAGAAGAAACCAGUGACUGAGGACUUCACUUUAAACAUCACACCCAGUAAGGAAGAUGAUGGAGGCCGCUACUGGUGUGAAGCAAAGCUUGAACUGGGAUCUGAAGGACCACAGCCCCCUCCAGUGGUGACGUCACAAACAAUCACUGCCACUGUGCACUAUAAACCUCAGCUAGAAGGGUUCUAUCCUGGUUGGAUCACUGUCACAGAAGGAUAUCCUCUACAGCUGAACUGCUCGGCCGUGGGCAACCCCAGCCCGUCAUACACCUGGAUGCUCCCGUUAGCCAACAUCAGCUCGUCUUCCCCCAAUGGCAGUGUUCACUCUAUCAACUCUGUAACUUCUGAGGAUGAAGGGCAGUACACCUGUUCUGUCAGUAAUGACGUGGGGACUGUCACUGUGACGUUUGACGUGCUUGUCACAGGAUUUGGAAGGUUUGAAUUUAACCCCAACCAGACCGCCGCCGACAACACCCAGAACAACCACCACCUCCAGCACGACAACGACACAGAAAACCGCACCCAACAGCAGCACCAUUGCCAGUGCAGCCGGGCUGUUUCAGUGUGCAUCUGCCAGGCUAGAAUCGUGAUAGAGAUCAUGGAGAAGAAGCGCAAAGGAGGUGCAGAGAAGCUGCAUGAGGAGAAAGAAACAAACGCUGCCAAAUGUGUCAAAUUGACAGACGUGUUUUGGGCAGUAGCAGGACCUGUAGCUGGUGAUGGUGGUGGUGAUGUCGGUGGUGAUGUCCAACUCCCUGAUAGUUUCAAUUUCACUUGUCCUCUUCUUGACGUGACUCCCUCUCGACUCUCUCUUCGUUGGAAAAUAAUAAGGCAGUGGCGCUUUACUUUCAAUUUCACUCGCACUCUUUGGGCUUUGGGCUCAGCCGUCGUCCUCAUCACAUCUCGUUUGCUUACAAGACUCCUGGCGCCUGAAAAAAUGGUUUUCUCUUACAAGUUUUUGGUUGUUUCUUUGAUGACUUUUCUGCGGGUCUUCCACAUGUCCUUCAGUUGUGAUGAACACUGUGCAGACCGACCUGUGUUCACUCCAGCCAGACUGGUAGUGAAGCAUGGUGACCCAACCUCUGCCGACUGCUCUCCAUGUCAGCAUGCUUGCGUCGGCCACAAGUUUAAUGUGGAGAGCCCUGUUGGACACUCAACAAUAAGUGGAACCAAAAUUUCAUGGACGGCUAACAUGACUGCAUGGCAACCAUCGAUACUUUGCUAUUAUACUCUCCCUUCUCAGGGCCAGUGUUGUAACAAACUGAAUGUAACCGUGUACCAGCCUCCACGUAGUGUGUCCUUCAGCUUUGAUAGUCACACUGGGCCGAUGUUUGAGGGACAUCAGUACACCCUGCAGUGUACAGUAGAGGACGUUGCUCCUGUUGAAAACCUCAUUGUGACGUUCUACAGAGGACAGACAGCGCUGGGCAAACCUCAGUCCAGCAACAACACAGAGAAGAAACCAGUGACUGAGGACUUCACUUUAAACAUCACACCCAGUAAAGAAGAUGAUGGAGGCCAGUACUGGUGUGAAGCAAAGCUUGAACUGGGACCUGGAGGGCCACAGCCCCCUCCAGUGGUGACGUCACAAACAAUCACUGCCACUGUGUACUAUAAGCCUCAACGACUGUCAACAGAUUCAGAUCUUAUCACUGUCGCAGAAGGAGACCCUCUACAACUGAAUUGCUUGGCUGUCGGAAACCCCAGCCCCACGUACACGUGGACGUCAGACAACCCUUUCUACUCAAAUGGCAGCGUUCUCAAUAUCCACUCUGUAACGUCUGAGCAUAAAGGGCAGUACAACUGUUCUGUCAGCAACCAUGUGGGGACUCUCACUGUGACGUUUAAUGUGGAUGUUGAAGGUGAGUUUGAAGUGUUCCGGUUCUCUGCAGUCAGCUACAUUGGAAUCAUUAUAGGUGUGAUUGCAGCAGUUGCUCUUCUGGUUUUCAUCAUUUUAGCAGUGUUAUACUCAUUUGCCUACAAAGCCAAUCGGAUGGGACAAUACAACCUGAAGGACGUUUUCCGUUUGCGCAGACAACACUCUGCCGUGCCCUCUGUAGAGUAAGUCUGCAGGAUGGCAUAAAAUGUGUAUAGGCUGUUUUUAUCUUGCUCUCCUUCAUUUCCUGUCAUGUCUCUACUGAAGCUAUCUAAUAACAUAAAAGCCCCCAAAUCAUAAAAAAAGAAGUUUAAGCCAAGUUCCAACUUGUGUAACCUCAACUGAACACUAGCUCUCUGUCUUUACAGAAGCUUAAUUUACUGUAAAACACAGUGUUAUACUUAAGAAGGAGAUAUGUUUACAGCUCUGAACAGUUAAAACAGGUAUUAAAGUGAAUAGAAAAUAAACUAGUUAAAAUAGAACAUGAUGGAUAUAAAAUAAAAGAUACAGUGCAGUGUAAGAAAUGAACAAUUACUUCAUUUAUUAAAAGGCAGGAUCAAACAGAAAAGUCUUCAGCAUUUAUUUAAAAGAACCGGGGAUUGCAGCGCACUGCACUUAUCUGGGAGUUUGUUCCAGAUAUGUAAAAACCGAACGCUGCUUCUCCAAGUUUCUUGGGACAGAAGGCAGACCUUAUCACCGGGAAUGUCUAGGUUGGUCAUAAUAAGGCAGAAGAUGAAAAAACUAAACUAACCAAUAAACAGUUUGGUAAUGGAAAAGGGAAACUAGAUUAAUGUCAAAAGGGUCAAUAUUAUGUGGUGUUUGCCACAUUUGGCUGAAACAUCAAGUGUGGCUGUUUUACAUAUUCUCUCUGUUGUAUUGCAGUUGUGUUACUGCAAAGAACUUCCUAACUUUAUUUAGAGAUGUGUUGUAUAUAUAAA